AUGGACGACAAGUCAAAGUCGACGAAAGUGGGAAAGGAAAGAAACACAGAGAAUAGGGGAACACUGCGUGAUGACUAUGAUCGCGAUUUAACGAAAGAAGUCUCGAAUAUAAAUUUAGGAUUUUCUAAUACACAGUCGUUUGCAAAGACGUCUACCAAAAACCCUCAACAAAUCGCGGUUGCUUCAACCGUUGACAGUGCACGAACAGCACUAUCUCAAACUCUGCCUUCUACUACCCCUUCAACUCACAUGUCAUACCGCAGUCCAUUGCCACGCCGUUGCAUUCUCUACUUAGAGCCCGCCCGCUCGUCCGAAUUCUACCAAACUAUCAAGUCCUUCUACGAUGCAAGUAUUGCACUGAAUAUUGAGAAUGAAGCACAGCAGUAUCAUCCACACAUUUCCAUGACAGGAUUUUUUGUUUGUAGAAAUUGUGAUAAAAAUAAAAGUGACGAUGAAGACGGAUUAAUAAGAAAAAGAACGGAAGCCGAGAAAGUAUUGAGCAACGAUGAAGGAAAGAAAGAGGGAAAAGUUGGAAAAAUCAAUGAAGACUUGAGUAAUGAGUCGAAAUCAAUAAGUAAACCGAUAAAUAUAUUAAAUCCCAACCAAUUCACGACAUCGCUAUAUUCCUCUCACUCUCCGACUUUCCCACCAUCUUCCUCUUCCCCAAACAAUCGAUUUCCGCUUUCGCCCCGCUCUCCUGUUUCUAUCUAUUCCCCAGCCAUAAACUUCCCACCCUCUGUAAUAAUCUUAAAAAAUGUAAUAUCCAACUUUAUAUCAGCCAAUUUGGCUCUCUUCACGCAGCCGAAAAUACACGAUUUUGUUAGAUCUGAAGAUUCUGUUUUGAUUGGUUUGAAAGUUGACAAAGUGUAUCACAGACUGGUAGAUGAAGUUAUAAAGACAGGGAACGAGAUUGGAUGUGAGAUUAGGAAGAAAGGAAUUGAUCAUAUCUCGUUGGCAUAUUAUUUUGGGAAAUAUGGUAUAAGAAAAGGUACGACGGAGAAAAAUAGUGGCGAUGAGCCAGACAAUAAGGGUCCAAUCGGCGCUAGUCCUAAUAGUACUAUAUCAAAUCAAACUUUUGUUGAAGAGGAAAAUGAGACGAAGGUCAUUAGCACGGAGAAGAACAAGGGUGAUGUAACGUACGCUGGAAAAACAAUAAAUGCAAAAGAUUCAUCAAAAUCCUCAAUACAGCCCCUUCACAUAUCAUUACCACCGCGAAGAAUAACACACAGACGGGUAGAAUCUCUUACAAGUUCUCCCUUUGCGUCUCCGUCCCCCUCUCCCACAGAACCCUCGCUUUCUCAAAUUCCUCAAGAACUCACUUCGUCUCCACUCUCGCAGUCCCAUCAUCAACAACAGCCAAUGUUAACUCUCGAUUCUGAACUAUCCCCUUUGACCCCUCUACUUCUUGAUCAUUUAGAAGAGUACGCAAUGGAGACAAUUGCAGUCGAUGAAGUGCGAGAGGGUAAAUGUAAGUGGGAUGUUGUGUUAUAUGAAAGUUUACGCAUGGCGGAGAGAACUGAUGAGAGACAUGGAUGGAGAGAAAUUCAGAGGUGGAACGUGGUUUGA